UUUGUUGUUGGGCAAUUGACGUCAGUUUAGUGCACCCGGACAGGUUUUACGCGAAGUGUUAGAGGAGCAGCAAAAAAUGCAAAUUGGCCGCAUAAUAUUCCAAAACCCUCUGUUGAAGAUUAACUCCAUUCGUCAAAUCUCCACGUCGUUGAACACAUUAAUGGCUCCCAUAAAAGUCGGUGAAAAAUUGCCCUCUGUGGAUCUUUUUGAAGAUUCACCAGCAAAUAAAAUCAAUACUGGUGAUCUAACAUCUGGAAAGAAGGUGGUUAUAUUUGGUGUUCCUGGUGCAUUUACUCCUGGAUGUUCUAAGACCCACUUGCCGGGCUAUGUUUCAUCUGCAGACAAUCUAAAAUCUCAACAAAAAGUUGAUGAAAUUGUGUGCGUCUCCGUUAAUGAUCCUUUUGUUAUGUCGGCCUGGGGCAAGGAACACAACGCUGGUGGCAAAGUUCGUAUGUUGGCUGAUCCUUCUGCAGCAUUUGCCAAGGCAUUGGAUUUAACCAUUGACUUGCCACCACUUGGAGGUGUACGUGCUAAGCGAUUUUCAAUGGUAGUUGAAAAUGGUUCAGUUGUAGAACUUAAUGUAGAACCAGAUGGAACUGGUCUCAGCUGCUCCUUGGCAAAUAACAUUGGCAAGAAAUAAGGGAAACCAAGCAAAGCUUCCAUUAAAUAUAAUAAUAUAUAAAUGAUAUCUCUAUAUAUGUAGCAUUCACUGCUUAUAGCAAAACAGAAAUUAUCAAUUGUAACAUUUAAAUACAAGUUGUAGCAAGCUAUGCCAAAACAAUAGCUGGCGCAAAAUAAUUAAAGGAACAAAUUAGAAAGUA